UUUACCUGAUCCGCCAGUGCCAGUGUCGCGUCGUGUUGCCUCUCGUCUCGACUUUCUCGACGAUGCGAAACAAAUCAGAUAAAAAACAAUGCAGCUGUUCGCGCUCGAUGACCGAUAAACCCGGAUAUCAGACGAUGCCGCGAGGGAGAUUUUAAUUAUGACCCGAUGAUCUUCUCGAAGAUCUCGUCGAGUGAGAUCAAAAUGGAGACGCAUCACAAUAAUAACGGCUUAUCGUCGAUGGAAGGUAAAGCCGGUUCAUCAAGUAACGAACAUUGCAGCAACAGUUCUCUGGACGACGCCGUGGGCAAAUUACUGCAAGGAUACGACUGGACGCUACUUCCGGUGACUUCGCGUGCCGGCGGCCGAAGAAGUGCUCACGUGAAACGUCCCAUGAAUGCCUUCAUGGUGUGGGCGCAAGCGGCGAGGCGAAGAUUGGCCGACCAAUAUCCGCAAUUGCACAACGCCGAGCUGUCGAAGACGCUAGGAAAGUUGUGGAGGAUCUUGAGCGACGGCGAGAAGCAACCGUUUAUCGAGGAAGCAGAGAGACUGCGGAAUGCGCACAAGAAGCAACAUCCGCACUACAAGUAUCAACCGCGUCGAAGGAAGCCCAAGUCGGAUGAUCAAAUGGGCAUAAUCGUGCACAGAGGCGGGCUACCUUCGCCGGGCACCUCUCUCGACUCAACCGGGUCAGACUGCACGAGCUACGCCCGCCUGUAUCCGGAUGCCGGUGUGAAGGCGUACGAGCGAGCGGCUUACGAGCCCAAGUCCACCUACGACCACCUGGCCCGGCCAGGUAUCUGGGUGAACGAGGCAGCCAAAUAUCCAGUCGAUCAUCCCAACAAGGGGUACGACGCGAAGAGCUACGCCGAGGCCAAGUACCAUCACGAGGUGGCUAGUAGUAAAUACCACGAGAUGACCGCCGGUGGUACCACCAAGUAUCCGGAACUGCAGUCCAAGAGCUACGAAUUACCAAAGUAUCCGGAAAGCAAGGGAUACUCCGCGGAGAUGAGCGGCGCCGUUACCAAAGCGCCGUAUGCUUGCGUGCACGGCCAGUAUUACCCGGCAGCCGAGGGAUACGCCGUACACGAGGAGAAUGACUAUCAGGCGCAAAGCGUCUCGUCGCACUCCUUUUAUCCCUACAUAUCCGCGUCGAUGGCGCAACCGCCGUACUACAUGGGGCCUCGAUAAGUCGCACACGACUCGGAACGCGACUCCUCGUCGCGACGGUUUACUCAAGUCCGUAUAAUAACUCGAGCGAUAGUGGGUGAUACUCGACGACAGAUCGUUUAGGCUUCAAGUAAAGAGCAUAUUAUCCGACAUACGCUUUUUGUGGUAAAUAUUCUCUCCCAUCACUCUCGCUAUUUCGUUUUUUCCUUUCUUUCUUUUUUUUUUUAAUUUAUUGU